AUGGUACCAAGUCAACAAGCGCAAGAUUCUAUUAACAGCAAGUUGAAAGAGGCAGAGCCCGAACACUGUCCGGGUCCUGAAUCCGAGUCCGCAGGUAAAGAUGAUGCAUGUAAAGGAUGUGCAAAUCAAGAGAUUUGCUCUUCGCAAAUGCCAAAGGGUCCUGAUCCGGACAUACCUUUAAUCAACAGCAGAUUAGCAAACAUUCAGCACAAGAUACUUGUACUUUCCGGUAAAGGUGGUGUUGGUAAAUCCACUUUCACGUCCAUGCUUUCAUGGGCUAUUGCAGCAGAUGAGGAUUUAGAGGUGGGUGCUAUGGAUUUGGAUAUAUGUGGCCCAUCACUACCGCGAAUGUUGGGAGCAGGUGAAAACGAAAGUAUCCACCAAUCAAACAGUGGUUGGAGUCCGGUAUUUGUUGCCGACAAUUUAGGACUCAUGAGUAUUUCUUUCAUGCUCCCUGAUAGCGACCUGGCAAUAAUAUGGCGAGGUGCCAAAAAGAAUGGUCUAAUAAAGCAGUUUUUGAAGGACGUAGAUUGGGGUGAGCAUUUAGAUUAUUUAUUGGUUGACACUCCGCCGGGAACUAGUGAUGAGCAUUUGUCGGUUACUUCGUUAAUGAAGGAGGUUGGUAUUGAUGGGGCAUUAAUAGUAACGACCCCUCAAGAAGUAGCUUUAUUGGAUGUACGGAAAGAGAUUGAUUUUUGCCGAAAGGCCAAUAUUAAGAUUUUGGGGUUGGUUGAGAAUAUGUCGGGAUUUGUAUGUCCAAACUGUCAUGGAAAGAGUCAAAUAUUUAAAGCUACUACUGGUGGUGGUGAAAAGUUGUGCCAAGAAUUAGGUAUUAACUUUUUAGGAUCAGUGCCUUUGGACCCUCGCAUAGGUAAGGCCUGCGAUGAAGGAGUGUCAUUUUUUGACUUGUAUCCUGAUUCGCCUGCAUCUACAGCCAUUUUAGAUGUUGUUGAUGCUCUACGAGACAAGGUUGAGUUGAACAUGGAUGGUUUAAAGUUGGAAUAA